AUGGCAGCGGCUUCGUCAUCAAUCAAAUCACGCCACGUCGCUGUUAUCGGAGCUGGAGCCGCCGGUCUAGUGGCGGCGAGAGAGCUUCGACGGGAAGGUCACUCGGUGGUCGUCUUCGAGAGGCAAAAUCAGGUCGGAGGAACUUGGAACUACACCGAUCAUGUCGAAUCGGAUCCUUUAAGCGUUGACCCGACCCGGCCCAUUGUCUACUCGAGCGUCUAUGGCUCUCUCCGAACUAACCUUCCCCGGGAGUGUAUGGGAUUCAGAGAUUUCCCGUUCGUGAGCCGAUCCGAUUCAAUAGAUCCGAGGAGGUUUCCGAGUCACGGCGAAGUUCUGGCGUAUCUGCAAAGUUUCGCUAAGGAGUUUAGGAUCGAGGAGAUGAUACGGUUCGAGACGGCGGUUGUGCGAGUUUCUCCGGCGGCGGAAAGCGGCGGCGUAGAAGGAAUCGGUAAAUGGAGGAUUGAAUCUACAGAGAAAGAGAAGAAAGUUCAUCGUGAUGAGAUUUACGAUGCUGUUGUUGUUUGUAAUGGACACUACAUUGAACCUCGUCUAGCUGAAGUUCCUGGGAUAAGUUCUUGGCCGGGGAAGGAGAUGCAUAGCCAUAAUUAUCGUAUUCCCGAACAAUUCAAAGAUCAGGUUGUGGUGGUUAUUGGAAGCUCUUCAAGUGCUGUUGAUAUAAGUAGAGACGUUGCUGGAUUUGCCAAAGAGGUCCAUGUGGCUUCUUGGUCAGAUGCAGCUGAUACUUUCAUCAAGCAGAGCGGUCACAGUAACAUGUGGAUGCAUUCAAUGAUUGAGCGUGUUCAUGAGGAUGGUUCAGUGGUUUUUCAGAACGGGAAAACGAUUUUGGCGGAUGUUAUUAUGCAUUGCACUGGGUAUAAGUAUCACUUCCCGUUUCUUGAUACCAAUGGAAUUGUUACCGUAGAUGAUAACCGUGUCCCAUUGUACAAACACAUCUUCCCUCCAACGUUAGCACCGUCGCUCUCCUUCAUCGGGAUAGCAUGGAAGGUUUUACCAUUCCCUAUGUUUGAGCUGCAAAGCAAGUGGAUCGCAGGUGUUUUGUCGGGUCGGAUCACGCUUCCUUCGAAGGAAGAUAUGAUGGUGGAAAUCAAAACCAUGUAUGCCACAUUUGAAGCCCUAGGGAUUCCUAAGCGGUAUACUCACUAUUUGGGGAUUGACCAAUUUGAGUACUAUGAUUGGCUGGCUUCACGAAUUGGGUGCUCAGGAACAGAGGAAUGGAGGAAAGAGAUGUGUUUGCCUAUUUUCAUGGGGAAGGUGAGACACCCUGAGAGGUAUAGAGACGAAUGGGAAGAUCAUCACUUGGUUUCUCAAGCUUACCAAGAUUUCUCUUUGUAUAUACCAAACAAAUGA